AGAAAUACUUUUAGGUCAAGAUUGAUUUACAACAUACACAAUUUUAAGACAACGAUAAAAAUAAAAUAAAAUUUAUCUUUCAAUUCUACUUAAUUAUUUAUUUUAUUUAUAUUCUAUAUUCCGUACGCCACAACUGAAUAUUCUCUGAUGUCAGAUCAAUAAUCGAUGUUCGGUAGUGAAAUUUGACAUCAUUUGUUGUUUUAAUAUAGCUUCCCUGUCAAUAAAGAAUAAACAUGCUUAUUUCUCUACAACAACAGCAGCAAAACUCCCAGCAGCAAGCUGUUCAACAGCAAAUGCAACAACAGCAGCAAGCCCAACAGCAACAACAAGCUCAACAGCAGCAGCAGCAGCAACAACAACAACCUCUGGAUAAUAUUUCCCAAAUAAAGGCUUUGAUUGGACCUCUGAGGGAAUCACUUUCUACCACAAUAAAAACUGCUGCUCAGACUUUGAACCAAAACAGCCAGGUUGAUGCAGGUAUACAGAAAGGUGUUGAUGUUCAGAUACCUCGUUUUGACAAGAACCUCGAGGAAUUUUACUCCAUCUGCGAUCAAAUAGAACUUCAUUUGAAAACGUCCCUAAAAUGUCAAUCACAGCAAGAGAGCAGUAACAGAUUCCUGCCCCUUCAGGUGGCACCUACAAGAAGCGAGAGUCUUGGAAUGAAUGAUAACACCCAAUCAUACCCACAAUUUUUAGCUGCGGUCAAUAUGCAGGUUUCUUAUACCAAAGAAAUCCACGAUACUCUAGUUGCUGCCGCCCAAAACAUAUCGCCUUCUGAUUGACAACUUCAACAACAUUACUGACGUGAAUCAGAUUAUUGAAAUAACAAUUCCUGUAGGCCUCUAGCAAAAUAUGCAACAGGAAUAUUCAACUCACGAUUUAUAUUUCCAUCUAUUGUGUAUAAGAUUUAUAAGUUGUAGUUUGGUAGAUAUGUUUGUAAUACAUUUUUACUACUGUUAUAAAAAAAUUGUUUAAUGUCUAGACAGGAAUAAAUUCCAAUAACAAAAC